AUGGAUGCGUGUGUCGCGAAGGAGAAAAAUGCCACGAGAGUGAGUCACAAUCCUUGCCUAACCUAGAUGCACAGUGAGCAAUUAGGCAGCAAUUUGGUCAAAAAGAUGAAGUUUGAUUUUUCCUGAUUUGAAGAUUGCCCUACAUACUUCAAGUGACGGACUAUCUAACGGCAAAAGAAUUUUUAUCCGAAGUCCUUUCCUCUCGGGAAAAAGUUAAUCGGAAACAUCAUUCUAUUAUUUUGUACCUUUUUGGAAAAACCGCAUUUUCUCGACUUAAAUUUGGUGUCAGCAUUAAUCUGCGGCUAUAUUCGGAAUCAGCGGAAGUUAGGCUUCCAAUCAGUAUGGGAAAAGCUUUUCUCGAGCCUCAUUCUUAAAAAGGAUUUUGAUCUUUUCUGAAAAAACGUGAUUUUCCAAAAGCUUCACUCAAUGUAAUGAGAUCGCUAAAUUUUUCUAAGCUCCAAGAACCUUCAUUUUUUGCGAGGAUGAGCUCCAUAACCACCUCUAUCUAUGGUAUCAGCCCAUAGUCGCCCCAAUCACACUGGCGUUCUCUGGAGAUUUUCAAAGAUCCGUUGGUUUUCAGGAUAAAAUAAGCCUUUUUGUACCUUAAAAUGAUUUUUUUCGAUAUAAUCUAUACAUAUUCGAGAUCAGUGGGAAAAACUGGAUCUAAUGAAUUAGAAUAUUGCAUAUUAAAUUCCGAAAACAAAUUUUUUGGCUCUUUGAGCCAAGAAUUUGAACGUGUUUUUACAUACUUCCUAUAAGAAUCACACGAACCUGGAUAUUUUUUCCAUUCUUCACAUAUUUUUCUAUACUGAAUCACUCACAAUUUAUAGAACGUGACUAAUCCGGCGGGGCGCGCGGGGGCC